CAAAGUUUAGUAGUUCUUGCGAUAACUUUAAACCAAAAGGUCAUUUACACUUAUGAAAAAAAGAAAAUAUUAACUUUUGAGCCCAGUUUUAGACUGAAGUUUUGAGAACUACACUGAAGGGUGGAUCUUAGAGAGGAGGUAAAAAUGAAAUUUUUCUUAGUGUUAUUAUCAUGUCUCUUUUUAAGUUUGUUGGCAGUUGAAGCUAACAAUUAUGUAAGCGUAGUUGAAACUACAAAUAUAAUCAUUGACUGGCUUUGUAUAGACAAUGAAAUUUGGACUAUGAUUAAAAGACUCGUUAGUAAUGAUGUACUUGAAUUUACAAUGAAGGAAAUGGCUUUUAUGUUUGCACUGCCUGAACAUAAUAUCAAUAACGACCCUGUUCGCCAGUACGUAUUGCAGACUAGAAUGCAAUCAGAACUAAUCCACGGCACAGAUCUUCCUGUGGGUUUCGUUUAUGAACUAGUUGAGGGCCGAAAAAGUGUGAAUGAACUUGGAACUGAGAGAAGAUCUAAAAUUAGACAAGCUUUAAAAAUGUUAAUCCUCAAUAUAUUGUGUCAAAGGGAACCAAAUAUCAGUUUUAUCCAGACAUGUCGAAUCAUAGGAUUGUUCCUGAGUACAAAAUUUCCAGCUUCAUACACAAAAACAGCUACGGUUGCCGCUGAUAAUACUUGUGUCUUAGGUGCUGUAGACCGCAGUACUAAGUCAUACAAACAGUUUGGGUUUGAAAUAUAUCUUGUAAGCAACGAAAACCAUCAACGUAAAGAGGUUAACAUAGUUAAUCAGCUAUGAUAAACUAAAUAGGGAUAAAUCAUUUUUAUACUCUCAGGUUUAUUUUAAUAAAUAAUGAAUAAAUUAUAAAGUACUUCUGUUA